AUGCUCGGGGCUUGUGGGCUCCUCCUGCUGCUCUGUGCCCUGGGCUCAAGCCGGGCCAGUGGCUUCACAGAGACAGGCCUGUCCCUGCUGGGCUUCCAACUCUGCAACUAUAGCCAGACCCGGCGCGUGCCGCAGGUGGAGGCUGUGCGGACACCCCGCCUGACCCUCACCCCCUGCGGCGGCUGGAUCCCCUGGAGGCGCUGCCCCAAGACUGUCUACAGCACCCAGUACCGGGCUGUGGGCAUCCCCGAGGCCAGGCACGUGACCGGCUGCUGCGAGGGCUUCGAGCAGCUCGGCCUGUACUGCGUCCUGCCUCUGAACCGCUCCCUGGAGUUCGCCUCGAGACCCGGGGUCUGUCCCAUGGUGGGGCGCGGUGAGGCCGCCCUGUCCUGCAGCCUGGACAUGGACUGUCCUGGGCUUUGGAAGUGCUGCCCCUUGCCUGGUGGCCCAGGCUGUGUGGCCCCCAAGCCUCCAGCUAUGCAGGAGGCCCCGGGCACAUCCUGGUACAACGUGACCUUCCUGGUGAAGAUGAGCUUCGCCGAGCUGCAGCAGGUGGACCCUCAGCUCCGCAGCCAUGCGAGGCUGCUACACGCCAUGGUCAGCAGCGCCCUGCGCCCCCUGAACUGCACGGUGCACCCCCUGCACUCGGCCGCUGGGGACCCUGCGACCACGACCUCGCAGCUGCUGCUGGGCCUCAGCCACCCGCUGCCCCUGGCCGCCGUCUCCACCGCGCUGGAUGCCAUUGUGAAGCGGGCAUACGAAGUGAUCCGCGUCGGGGUGCAAGACGUGGACGAAUGUUUGCACAAGGAGCUUUGCACCUGCACGGUGGGACAGCUGUGUGUGAACACGGAGGGGUCCCAUCACUGCCAGCCGCUGGGCAGCCCCGGGCCAGACUGCCCUCCCAUCUCUGACGCCCUCAUCAGCAACAUCACCCACACCAGCUUCCACCUGUCCUGGGGCUGGGGCUCUGCCCGCCCCCGCCCGGCCUGUGUCCAGCUGUUCCAGGGGCCUCGCCUGCUCAGAACGGCCCAGCCCAGGGGGAUGGCCCUGGAGGUGGCCGGGCUGGAGGCCGGGGUGAUGUAUGGGGUGAAGAUCAGCUGCCCAGACUGCGGGGCCAACGGCACGACCGCACUCACCGUCCGCACCGGGCCUCUGCCUGGGGCCAGCACAGACCAGGAGGUGGAGGUGUCCAGCGGGGCCGUGGGCAUGGGGACUGGCCAGGCCACAGUGCCCAGUGCUCUCGGGACCAUCACCAUCUCCAAUGUGACCGGCACCGGCUUCCACGUGGCCUGGGAGGCAGAUCUGGCCCCGCGCCCCACUUUCCAGAUCACCCUGACUUCCCCCUGGGGGGACCGUGAACACCUGGAGACCCCCAACACCAAGGUCAUGCUGGCGGGCCUGGAGCCUGGCGCCCUGUACCUGCUGGAGAUCCUGGCCAAGGCGUGCGGAGUAGAAAGUUCCAGAGUGCACAUGAGAGUCCGGACAGCUGCCCGCACACUCCGGGGCCGGGUCCGAGUGGCCAACGUCCAGUUCUCGGAGGCCCUCAGCAAUGCGAGCAGCGGGGAGCACCGGGCCUUCCUGCAGCUUUUCCUGGGCACGGUGCGCGAGGCCCUGCCGGCUGCCAUGCAGGGCCACAUGGACGCGGGCCGGGUGCUGCUGCGGGUGAGCGGCCUCUCCGGGGGCAGCGUCGUGGUGGACUUUCUCCUGCUGGUCCUCGCCCACCUGGACGUCCGCGAGGUGUCGGCCGCCUUCCUUGCCGCCUUCCGUGGCCUCUCGCUGCUGGAGGUGGCCGGAGCGGACACCUUCAUCGGGGAUCACGACGAGUGUGUGCAUGGGGACCAUGACUGCAGGCCCGGCUCCGUCUGCCACAACACCCUGGGCUCCUUCACCUGCGACUGUGCUGGUGGAGCUGAGAGCCCCGUGGAAUAUUCUGGAAGGCCCUGUGAAGGUAACAGACAGCCCCACAUCUGUGCCCCCGACAGCUGGCACACCCCCCCCUGAGCUCCUGCCUCCUCCCGCCUUGCAGGUGACCCCCCUGCCCACACAGCUGGGCCCUCGGAGUCCCUGAUGAGCACUGUGGGAGGAGCAUCCGGGGCUGCCCCACGGCUGAGCCUGGCGGCGGCCGUGUCCAUCCUCUGUGAGAUCCAGAGGGUCGGGGUCGCCAUCCAGAGGCGUUUCCUGCGCCAGGAGGCCGUCCCUGAGUCCUCGCUGUACCUGGGGCAGCCGGCCUGCGGCGUGACGCAGACCAACAGCACACACGUGCUCCUGGUGGCCGGCUGGGGCCAGUGCGGGACAGUGGUGCAGAGCAACCUGAGCAGCACGGAGGUGAGGACCACACUGAGGAGCGGCCCGUCGGCGGGCGGCGUCAUGCACCACCUGCGCAUCCUGAGUCCCGUGCACUGCGCCUUCCGGAAUCAUCUCCUGGUGUCUUCCAGCUACACCCCUCAGUGGGGGGAGCUCCCGGGGGCCGGGGACCUGCACGGCACGGGCCGGUUCGUCACGGAGAUGCAGGUGUUCGCGGGCGACUCCCCGCUGCUGCCCAACCACAGCGUGUCGGCGCGCGCGCACGUGCGCGUGCAGGUGGGGCUGCGGCCGCGGCAGGCCCGGCUCCGCGUGGUGCUGCUGGAGUGCUGGGCCACGCCCGGCCACGACGCCCGCGACCCCCGCACCUUCCGCUUCAUCAACAACAGCUGCCCGGUCCCCGACGCGCACACGGACCUGCUGGAGAACGGCGGCUCGGACAAGGCCGGGUUCCGCCUCAGGAUCUUCUCCUUCGUCAACAACCCGCUCGUCUACCUGCACUGCCGCUUGCGCGUCUGCCUGGACGCGCCUGGGGCGCCCUGCCGGGUGGACUGCAGCAAUGUCCGAACACUGAGGACUGGGGACGGCAUUGCCACCCACCAGGCAUCCUGGGGGCCCCUCGUUCGGGCGGAAGGAGAUGCUCCAGCCGUGUGGCCUGGCCUGGGGGCCAGCUCCCUGGUCCUGGCCACGGUGGCUGCCCUGGUCACGGUGACUGGGCUGGCUGUGCUCCUUGUCCAGCGCCGCCGGAAAGUGACCGGCGGGUACGACCUCAAAGUCCCGCCCGCUGGCUUUGGCUACCACGACUUCCGCCCAUAG